AGUUAACUCGAUAGAAAAUAAUUCGAAUCAACUUUCUGGGGUGAUUGUUUAUGGUCUUUCAAUGAUUAGAACACUGCACGUUGGAGAGGAAUAUUAUUAAUACGUUGAAUGCCGCACGAUUUCAUAGUACAAAAUACUCGGAAUGGGAAAAAUACAAUAUAACACGUUCGCGGACAGUAGAAAUUUUAAUGACCCGCAGAAAUAGAAAAAAUGCAAAUGCCGUAGUCCGAGGGUUAAAGUGCAUAAUAAUUUCAAAAAGUUAAGGCUAUGUAAAAUGAAAUUCAUGACAAUGUGGCCCAUAAAUUUCAAUAUUAUAGCAUUCAUGUCAUUUUGCAUCAAAAUGGAAAUGAAUGCUAUAGCAUUCACGUCCGCGAACGUAUUAAGUCAUUCGAUUGAAUUGCAUUGUUAUUAUUGCGUGAUCAUCUAGGUGAAUGUCACCGUAUUAGGUAGCAUUAUUUAUAUGAAUUAUAGUAAUUUGAUUUAAUUGGUCACCGGUGACCCCCAUGGCAAUCAUCGUGUUAAAAGUUUAGAAAAAUGUCCCCUAUAUUUUUCACUGUUUUAAUUGGUACGAUUAUUUGAUUAUUCUCGUGAUUGUUAAUUACGAGUGUGAAACAAACAAUUCUUGUCGCACGUAUGUACACUGGAAACCCACAAUGGCGUCGAGUGAAACUUCUGUGUCCGCACUGUUUCCACGUUGUAACACGCGAACCCGUGAACUGGUGGUUCGAUGACGCCGAAUGGAAAGCGAUCGGAGAUUCACUGACUCGUUACCGAACACGUUCGAGCAAGUUACCUGACGGUUUCGGUGGUUCGAGAAUUACUGGAGUGGUGGCGAGUCGCUCGUAAACUGGGAAAAUACGAAGUUUGGACGAUACUCGUUACGCGAUUACAUAAUGACCGUUGAUUACACGAGCAGUCUGUUGGAAAAUGUUCAUCGGGACAUUCUUUCGCCCGAGCCAGGUAGAAGCUUCCUGGUACGCGGCGAUUAUGAGUAUUGGCAUUACGGCUGCGACGGUUUCAACGAUAAGGGCUGGGGGUGCGGAUACAGAACGCUGCAGACGAUCUGCUCGUGGAUCACGAAGACCCGGAAAUUGGAGCAAUCUGCUCCUAGUGUCAGGGGCGUGCAGGAAAUACUUGUCGCGCUGGAAGACAAGGAGAAAUCCUUUAUUGGGUCGAGGGAAUGGAUAGGGAGCUUCGAAGUGUGUCUAGUGUUGAAUCAUUUGUACGAGGUCCUCAGCAAGAUUGUCCAUGUGCGGAGCGGCAAAGAGCUAUCGGGCCAGAUAGCGGUUAUCAAAACGCACUUCCAAGAGUUCGGUAGCCCGAUAAUGAUGGGUGGGGACAUGGAUUGCUCAAGUAAAUGCAUUGUGGGGAUUCACGAAGGAGUGGAAAACACUUACAUGCUGAUCGUGGAUCCUCACUUCGUCGGCCAGGCGAAGAGCAACGAGCAAUUAGUGUCACAGCACUGGGUGAAAUGGCAGAAGCUCGCGGACUUCGUCGACAGCUCCUUCUACAACCUGUGCUUACCUCAGAUUACAGGGCCAGCACAGUGAUUGACGUUAAUAAAUUACUAUAAUAAUAUAUCUGUAAGAAUUUCUACCUAUCCUACCGAUCGUUUCAUCGAAUAGCUGUUAACUUUAGAAUUGGAGAAAAUUACAAAUUUUAAU